CGGCUGAAUUAUAGGGCUCGCCGGCUUGAUCGCAAGACUCCCGAAGAAAUCCUGAUCGCGGGUCCUUGAGGAUUUCUCCUCGUUCUCGACGCUGCCUAUCUGCGAAUCCAUGGCGUCCCGGCGGCGUAUGCUUCUCAAAGUCAUCAUACUAGGCGACAGCGGGGUUGGAAAGACAUCGCUGAUGAAUCAAUAUGUAAACAAGAAGUUCAGCAAUCAGUAUAAAGCCACCAUUGGAGCCGAUUUUUUGACUAAGGAAGUCCAGAUCGAUGAUAGAUUGUUCACCUUGCAGAUAUGGGACACAGCAGGACAGGAAAGGUUUCAGAGCCUUGGUGUGGCUUUCUAUCGUGGAGCUGAUUGUUGUGUCCUUGUCUAUGAUGUUAAUGUUAUGAAAUCAUUUGAUAAUUUGAAUAAUUGGCGUGAGGAAUUUCUGGUUCAGGCUAGUCCAUCAGACCCUGAGAACUUCCCUUUCAUAGUUUUGGGUAACAAGAUUGAUAUUGAUGGUGGCAACAGCCGUGUGGUCUCUGAAAAGAAAGUGAAGGCAUGGUGUGCUUCAAAGGGAAACAUUCCCUAUUUUGAGACGUCAGCUAAAGAAGGGUUCAAUGUGGAAGCUGCUUUUCAGUGUAUUGCCAAAAAUGCCCUAAAGAAUGAACCAGAGGAAGAUAUAUAUCUACCGGAUACAAUCGAUGUGGCAGGACGUGCAACCCAACAGCAGUCAUCUGGUUGCGAGUGUUAGAUGGAACUAGACCAGGAUUGUUACCUGCCAUAUUAACCGACUCAUUAUGCUCUCGGCUUCACCUGUAAUGUAGGUCAUACUUAAGUGGUGAUUGGUACUAGUCAUGUUUUUCUUGUUUAUGUCAUGUACAACUCUUGUUCUAUCUUUUUGCCAUCAUUCAAUGAGAAGUGAUUCUUUUCCCGA